AAAGAAGUAGAAAAAUAAGUAAAAAACAUGGAAGCAAAGACAUUAAAAAGUAGUGAUAUUAAAUACCUUGAAGAAAUUCGCAAAAAGACAUUGGGAAAAGACGAAGCUAUUCAAAUACUGGAACAUAUUAAGGAUAUUAUCGAUAAGGAGUUAUGCAAUUAUGACAAAAAUCCAAAAGUCUUCAACCUACUGAUUAUUAAUCUGGCUACUCGAACAUAUUUUGAAAUCGUUAAAAAAUAUGAUAUAAUAGAAAAUUAUUUUCAUCGUAUAUAUGACAUAUCCAAGUCACAUUUGGGCAUUAAAGAUUUUUUAAUCAUACAAUCCUUGCUACAGAGUAACCACUUCAACCAAUUGGAAUUUGAGUCAAUGAGAUUACUAUGCCACGAAGCCCUCGGCAAAGCGGUAGAUAAAAAUCAUUCAUCAUUAUUAAUCAUCAUGAGAUGUCUUAAUCUGUGUUGUAAAAAAUCGCCAGACUUAGAAAUGCCAACCUUACGUUUGGAUCAAAUUUACUUCUGCUUACAAUGCGGUCAGAAUUCUAUCAAGGAUGAAGUUUUACAUCUAUUAAAUAAUUCCUGCCUUAACAAAGCGACGGCACUCGCUUACUUCGUGCAUAUCGUAAAAUUUUGGCCUUGGACAAAUCGGAAUAAAUUGUACAUACUUGGUAGUAUCUUUACGAGAAAUUCUUUAGAAGAAUUUUUAUUACUAACGGACUAUGAUAAGAAAGACUUUUUAAAUGGAUUACGUAUGAGUCUUUAUCAUAAAAAUCUACUUGCCCCUAGUCAAUGUCUUAUAAAAAAGCUAAGUGAUCGUGCCUCGGAUCACAUAUUGCCCUUUAUUGCUGAUGUAUUAACUAAAGGCUCGGAAAUUGAAAUUCGAAAUUUAUAUGCCCAUUGGAUUCCGUAUGUAUGUAAAAAGGAUCAGCUAUUUCAAAUCAUUCAACAAAUAUUGAAGGAAGUAGAUUAUAUACAAAGUGAAAGUAAUUUAGAGGAUAAUUUAAGCGAUUACCGUUCAAUUAUAUUACUUAGCACUUUUUCAAAGCAUGUUUUUAAUUUGUCUAAAUUAUAUUUUUUUAAAUUUAGCACAGAAUUGUUAACGAAUUGUUUUCAAUUUAAUUUAGAAGUGCAACUGCAUAUAUUUGCAUUUAUUGUAGAUAAUUUAGAAAAUUUCGCAAUCGAGGAUAGUUUAGAAUUCAUUUAUCAUUUCAUAGAAUCUCACAUCUCUGUGGAAAGUUCACAUUUUCGAAAUAGCAUUUUCGCUAAAAUGCCCGCCGUCAUCAAUUAUACGGCAAAAAUAUUUGCAAGACUGGGCGAGCCAUCGUCAUCAUCUGCAGCGAGCAUUACAAAAUUCUUCAAACAAUUGCAAGAACUAUGCGAGAAGAAUAUGAACAACACUCUAUAUCAGCCAAAGAUUUUUUCAUUGAAAAUGAUCGAAAUACUUAUGAAUUCGCUUUACAUCGACAGUGUGAAAAAAAAUGCGAAAAGUUGCCAAAUAUCUGAAAAUGGGAAACUCGGUUCCUUUUUGAAGAGACGGAAUGUAAUAAAUGCGACAGAAAUGUGGAAAAGCUUAUACGUUUCAUUGGAGGAUACUACCACCGCUUUUGAGGAUAGCCGUGAAACUACAUUAAAUCUUAUGCAAUUAAUGCCUGGACAGGCGCCUAAUAACUCUAUGAUAGAAAUGUGCAAGACAAUGUUUUCUUCACCCGAUAUCGACAAAUGUAAUUUAAGUUCGAUAUAUGCAACAAUUCUUUUACAGAAUGACCCGAGCUCUGAAGACAUUUGCUUAUUAGUUCAUGAUAUUAUUGUUCGACUGGGCGCCAGUAUAAAAUCUUUUAACGAAGAUCCUUUAUUAGCUUGUAAGAGCGGACAUUUAUUUGGAUAUAUAUCUGUACUUGAUACAAUUGCCAAAUCUAGAGCAGAUUUAAUAUUGAAGAGUAUUUCUAAAAUUUUAUGCAUUUCUGAGGCUAUUGUAAAUACUAUACUGGAUAUGCUUAGUCUUUCGAAUACAACGUAUAAACAAUAUAAUGUCACUUUCGAGGACAUGGAUCAGAGCCUUGAAAUGUUGAUUGCUCGUAGUGAAUAUAUAAGUGAAAAUCAUGAAGAUGACAGGAAAUUUUUGAUCACCUCCUUUUGGUUUAGUUUGAGAGCAUGCAGUGAUAUUGCUUCUACACUAGGCUGUUUUUUGAUAAAAACUAGUGAAACGUCUGAUGACGAUUGGAAAUGUUUGCGAGCUUGCCUACAAAUUAUUGAAUCUAUAUUGAUACAUACAAGACACAAAGGAGCUACAGAAGCGGCUGGAUCUUCCAUUGGUCAAUUGACGAAAAAUAUAACGUUGCAAUUGCCUACCAGUUCCCGGGCUUAUAGCUUUUUGUGCACACGCGUUCAGUGUCUGUAUCAAUUAGAAGAUAAUUUUAUUAGUACUAGUAGAAGAGGAGCAGGCUUCUCAAUUAUGAUCUUACAUAUUGUAAAAAACGAGAAUAAACGUUCUGGAUAUAUCUUGGAAAAAGCAGUUACAGACCUUCUAAAAAUAUUGAACCUACAACCGUUCGAGGCGAACGAUCACGAUAAAGCAAAUUGUGAUCGCAUUGAGGCUUUGGUUCUUCACUAUCUUUGUGUUUUAGUCAAGGACGCUGAAAUCAAAGAAGCAAUCAGCCCAUAUUACAGUGAAAUAUUAAUGGCUACUGUAAAAUAUAUCGACAGCGCUGAGUGGACUACAUACAAUGCUUCAUUGCAAUUGUUUAGCUCUUUAGUCAAUAAGAUAACCGCUCAACGCAGUCAAUGCGGUCAAUGCGAGGAUAGAACUUUAAAUUGGGAGCCUUCAGAUAUUACAUUUAGCUAUAUUUUGCGUAAAUUUCCAAUAGUUUGUGAUUACAUUUUAAGCUAUUGUUUAUCAAAAAAAACUUCAACGAAAUCCCUUCUUCUGUAUUUGGGAUUUUUGCAAAAGGUGGAAUACUUGCAUGGGGAUGAAACGUCGACCGCUUCUUUCAUGCAAUCAUUUCGUCAACUCACUUGGAAUCUGCUUAGUCACCAAUGUGAAAAAAUAAGAAAACUCGCCUCAACUUGCUUUGUUAGAGCUCACGAGUUCACACACGAAUUGCCCUUAAUUUUGCUUCAAAUAUCUGCAAUUUUAUUUAAAGUGAAAAAUGAAAAUUUCUUGGAAGGCUUAAUACUUACAUUAAAGGACGGUUGCUUGAAAAUUAAACAUGAAUCGCGUUUUAUGCCUAAUAUUGAUAGCUACGAUUAUUUAAUGGGACAAAUACGAAAUGUUAUUGAAAGUAAUUGUAGACAAAUUAAACCUUGGAAGUUCUAUACGUUGUGUAAACUUUUGGAUUUGCUUUUAUUGCUUAACUUUGAUCAGAAAGGAGUAGUUAUUAAAAACGUAAUUAAAUGGAAAACAAAUGAUAAAUAUUGUAUUGGAUAUGAUUUGUGGUUAAAUUGCAUAGACAAUUCGACAGUUCGCCUUAAGUAUCCUCCUCUCAUUACAUGGUCCGAUGCAUCGUAAUCGUAAUAUAGAUAUAGAUUUUUAUAAAAAUACGAAAAUUUGAAUGAAACGUUAAGAAAAAAAAAAGAUAAAACUAUAAAUGGCUUAA